GAUUACUUCGUUGGGAAAUCUCGCGCUAUGGAACUUACGCACUUGUUCGUCGUGUGUCUUUUAAGUGUGCAACUUGACACGACAUUAGCGCACGAUAACGCGCUGGAGAACAAACCGAUCGAUAAAGAAAAGAUCACUGAAGACGAGCAGAAAGUGUACGAUGAAUGCCGGAAUCCGGACUACAAAACAUAUGUCAAGUGUUUGAUGAGACCGAAGCGGCAUCAUCAUAACGGCCACGGAGACGAGGCGUCGGAUACUGAUGUCAGGCAUUGUAUGGAAACGUGUCUACAGAGGUGUGACUUCUUGGAUCGCGAUUGUGAGAAAAACUGUAGCCACUGCACGAAAAGGACUAAACACAGACACCAGAUCAUCACGGAAUACGAAACGGAAUGCGUAUCGGGAAAAUGCGGUCCGCUCGAUAAAGACUUAAAAACAACUAACAUAACAACAAACAUCAACAUUCAUAAUUAUAUUAAUGCUUCUCGUCCAAAUGGUAAAGGAGUAAAUGGUAAUGGAGGAAAUGGUAAUGGAGGAAAUGGUAAUGGAGGAAAUGGUAAUGGAGAUAAUAAAACAACAACUACACCAACACCUCGGUUCCCAUCGAUUCCAAUAAUACCUCAAAUUUCGCUGGUUCCGCAAAUUACGUACGGGGUGGGAUUCGGAGCCGCGGGUGGAUGCGCGUACAAUCAGUGGCUUUGCAUUUAUCAGGGCGGCAUUGAAAGCGUACAGCCCGAUUGCUCCGUAUGCGGGAGUCCUGUUUUACGCUAUAGGUGCGAUGUGAAGUGUUACAAAACUCAGAUCAACGUAACGGCUCAGUAAGGAUAAGGAAAUGCGUUGGUGAUUCUGCACAAGUAGAUUUAGGAGUUCGUUGAAAGGAGGUUUGUGGAAAGGUGAAGGAAAAGCUUAUCAUUUAUUGUUCUCAUUAUGUUGUUUAUCUUUCAAUAAGCAAUGAAAUGUAAUAGGAUAAUAUUAUCGAUCUCUUAAUACUUCUCAACACAAUUACGCAACCACACAAAAUGUAGCUCUAUAUUUGUCGAGAGCAGUUACAUAUUGCUAUUUUGAAUACUUACAUUGAUAUUCCUCUGUGAAAUAAAAACGACGUUACUUUUCUUUUUAUUAAAAAAAAAAAACCUAUUUGAUGUUUAAA